AUUUACAGGCGGGCGGGCGGAUGGCAAAAACUUGGCAAGUUUUCUCAACUGUCUCCACCGUUCGAGCUAGCCGUCGUCGAUGGCGGUAGAUUAGUAUCGAUUCGAACGCGUCGUUAUACGGUCGGUUGUGCGGAGUUUCCAGUGGAGCGCGACAAUAAAAAAAAACAUCAACUGCAGACGGAAUAAGUGAACAAAACUGGCGCAAAAAUUGGCGGUGGAGAUGGCCUCUAGUGAUACGUGAUGUGAAAUGCUAAAAAAAAAAUCACUGUGGAAUGCUGUUAUCAAGCGUGUCCGUGUUGAUAUUUGAUUGAUGUUGUAAAGUGGAUAUGAUCAUUUUAAUAAAUUGAAAAGUUCAACAUAUUGAUGAUAAUUAAAAAAGGAAAUAAUUAAAUAAAUCAGUGCAGUGAAGAAGAUCAACAGUGAAACAUUAAGUGCCAAAAUGAAGUACACACCAUUCCUCGUAUUCCUAGCGAUAAGUUCAACAUACGCCGACUACCCGCCAUACAAGCCGAUGUUUAGCGGAAGCUUCUCCAAGCCCUCGUUAAUACAUCCACUAUGGGCAUCCAAACACGCCGCCAGUCAAGCCGCUCUGAAGCAGUACAUGGUGCAGCUGCGAAGUGGGUCUCGAUUGUCACCGGUAGCUGUCCGACCGGGGCCAGCAAUGAUGAUGAGCCUCAAACGUCCGGUGAAGUCCAUCUUCUCGCCGACAUACACAAUGCUGAAGCAACCGUUGAUAAAACGACCACUGAUAGGAUCUGCCGCCCAGUCGCCAUUCGUGCUGAAUCUGACUUUGAAGCCCAAAUUCCAGAGCUCACCGCCGGGACCAAAAACGGGGGAAAUUGUCUACGAGAAACUGAAACCUUUGGUUUCCACCAGCGGACGACUAACUUCCCCCAAGGAUGGAGCGAUUCAUACGAUUCCGGCACCGAACCUGGCCGGUAGCAAUACCAAACCGUUGCACCAGCUGAAGAUAACAUCGUUCGAGGAUAGCAACCACCUGGAGAUCGAUAUCCAGAAGCCGACCAAGGCGGCGUUCCCCGCCAAGAGCACUUAUGCCUCGCCCUCGCCCACCUACGGCGCACUAUCGACGCCACAACCAAUUGCACCAUUCCUUCAUCAUCAUCACACACCGUAUCCGCCUGUUCCGGCCCACCAAUAUCAGGUCACUGAAGAUCACACCAAUGACAUAACGCUGAGAAAUCCAUUUUCUGGUCAAAAGACCUACUUCGCUCCAGAUCCUGAUCCGUCACUGCCGAGCAAGACAGUAACACCCACUUCGGACCCACUCAGCGAACCCAGCAAUGGAAAAUACCUUCCCAAUGACCUGCUUAUUCAGGCGCAAACUCAAGCCCAAACCCAGUAUCUCCCUCAGCCUAACACUGCCCCACUGAUACAAAAACCGUACUACGAACUUGUCAACGCAGCUGCCCCACAACCGGGCUACGCCAUUCCCUUGGCCACCCAGCCCCAACUUCAACAGCACAUUCUCCAACAGACAUCAAUGCUGCAGGGAAUGCCAGUAUCGCUCUACAACCCAACCUAUCUCGUGACCCAGUCCAAUAACCUUUUCAACAACCACCAACAGCAGCUGCAAACGAACCUUUUCAAACCAGAGUCAAGCUUUUUGGGAGCUGUCCAGGCCCCUCAACCGGAUCCAGGAAAUAUUGUAUUCAACCCGUAUUCGUUCAAGCACGGAGAACCUGCUGCAAGCACAGGCCAAAUACUUGCCGCGACACAAGAUCAACUCCAGGAACUACAAAGUGCUGUCACCCAGAUACAACUGAAUGACCUUCAAUCGCAACACUCCAACGAUGUACCGACGUAUGCUCAACUUGUCGGCCACGAACAACUUACACUCCACCAACAGCAGAUUCCACAGCAGAGUCAGCUUGAACAAGAACUCCAACAACAGCUUAUCGAGCAACACGACAAAACUUCACGGCACCAACUUACGGAAGGCGAAAUCUCUAACCUCCUGAACUACGGAACCAUAAAUCUACACAAUCAGCUCUCCUCAAACGAUUACUAUCAUUACAAUGUUGAGCAAGAACAACAACAACAACAACAACAACAACACCCACAAGCUGGUUUUCAACAGCAUCAGUAUCAAACAACGCUUCCUCAACCACAGCCAACCUAUUACGAUCUAUCCGAAAGACAGGCCGAAAACGAUAAAAUUCUUGCUCAAGCACAGCAAGAUCUUUACCAGCAACAGCAGCAGACCGUUCCAACCCAGUCGUCGGACUAUCUGCUAGCCUAUCAGGAACAUCAGCAGGCCGUCGCCAACGCUCUUGGCGCUACAAACGAAGCGCAGACCACCAAACGAGCAACGGAAGAUCCAAAAACAACGACGGCACCACUCCGGAUAUUUGUCCCCGAUGCGGAAAACGAGUAUCCAAACAGCGUUAAAGCGCAGAAGCGAAUGGACGAGCUGAACUACGAGUAUGCCGACGACGAAGAUGGAGCCAAUUUGUUUAACACGGAACCGAGUGCCAGAAAAGAGGACGAAAAUACACCAUCGUCAGAACGCCAGGAAGAUUCAACAGGAGAUGGCCGAGUCGACAGUGAGAUAGACACUGAACAUAUCGAAUACGACAGCGAUUUCUACCAGCCGCAGUACAGUAAUCAUCGAUUAGAUUGAAAACUUUGACGUAGAUGUUGAAGACCGAAAUACUCAAUGUGCUAAAGUGAUAAUCAUGCUCAAAUUUUGUAAACCGAUGGUCAGUUUUCAGACCAGUUUUCGUGUGUCGAGGAGGAAGCGUGUGACAAACAAGUUGGCGUGCGUGUUUUGGAAGGUUGACUUCGGAAAUUCUAAUGCAAUACAAAGCCAAUCGAUUCGUUUGUAACGAUUCUACAGUAUAGGAACCUAGUGAAUGUCUAUUGAAACGUUAUUUAUUAGCUAAUUUUAGUGGCGAACAAUAGUUCCACGAAACUUAAUUUAUUUAUUUUAAUAAAAUUCCUUUUAUUUUCCCACAAAUGAAAGAAAAAUAC